GUCGGAGUGUUUUCCGGCGCGGCCAGGUGGCCGCACUGGAGCGUCGCCGAUUGGCACCACUCGCUGGUGGUGGCGGCGCUCGCUGACGACUGAUAACGGCGGGCCUCGGAUCCGAGCGGCCUGGAUUUCAUUAUCAUUCCGUAUCAUUUGUGUUUCAACCGGCUUCCGCGAUGGCUGCUUCAGUGUCCAGCGUAGUGGUGCUCGACAGAGGCAACAACACAACAUGUACCAUCAACUUGCACGGUGCCACCAUAGUAUCCUGGAGAGUUAACAAUCAGGAACAAUUGUUCGUCAGUAAAUUGGCUGUAUUUGACGGGCAGAAAUCAAUUCGUGGAGGCAUUCCUAUAGUUUUUCCUCAUUUUGGUCAAUGGGCUUAUGGUCCUCAACAUGGUUUCGCCAGGACGUCCAGAUGGAGUGUUGAAAAACAACCAGAACCAUUAGACAAUGGUGACAUAGAAGCUCUAUUCUCAUUAGUGGACAAUCCAAUUACCAAGCAAAUGUGGAACUAUAGUUUCAAAUUAGUGUUAAGAGUAAUAUUGAGGGAAAAAGAACUACAAGUCAGUUUCAACUUGUACAAUACAUCUGUUGAACCAUUUCAAUUUAAUAUGCUUUUCCAUACGUAUCUAAAAGUACCAGAUGUACGAAAAUGUAAUAUAUCUGGUCUUCAAGGAUGCAUGUAUGUGGAUAAGACAAAGGAAAAUGGUAUUUAUCAAGAACCAAGAGAAAUGGUCACUGUUAAUCAUUGGACCGAUAGAAUAUAUCAAAACACUCAACAGGAACAUGUGAUUUCAAAUGUUGUGUCUGGAAGAAAAAUGAAAAUGAUUAAAUACAAUAUGCCUGACACUGUCAUAUGGAAUCCAUGGGAUGUAACAUCAAAUACUAUGAGUGACUUUGGUGAAGACGAGUAUCCUAACAUGAUAUGUGUUGAGGCUGGUAUAGUGAUCACUCCUAUUACAUUAAAUCCUAACAAUACUUAUGAAGGAACAAUAGUCUUACAGGUUAUGUGAGUAGAGUCAGGAGCUGCCGUUGGCGGGGCGAGGUCUAAAGUACGUGGGGUCAAUGCACGCCAACGUUGCUCGCCAUUAUCCGCAGACUUUAAUAGGAACUCCGGCAGCUCCUAUUUCCAAUCCCAGACUUCACCUGUUUCAACAAUGUUUAAUAGACAACCAGCUGUCAAUCAUGGUUGGUUUACUUCUAUGAUGACUACAGCAGAUAUUUUUGGUCCCCAACGUUAUCCAUCGGAUAAUACUGUUCCACCAGUCCAUCAUAAUUCCACAUGUGGUCAACACUCAUCAUGCACUAUAUGUUCUCUCAAUUUGUAAACAAAGUAUUAAACAUAAUUUUGAAGUAAAUAAUUAUUUUAAUUAUUCAUUUUUUCCAUUGAUUAUUUUUAGUUAAUAG